AUGGAUUCAGAUAAUCAGGUAAAUUUUCAACCACCCCCUCCUUUUUUUCGAAAUCUUAAAGUUUUUAGGCCAAAUCACCUCAAUGGAAGAAAAUCAAAUUUUAUAAUGAUCCAAUGGAUGUAGAAGAUCUACAUAACAGGAUGGAAUUCUUUUCCAUCGCAUUGGAAAAUUUUGAAAGCAAUACCUCAUCGGAAUUUUAUUCCGACAAGAUCAAAAUUUUCAAUUUGGAUAUCAUUUUCUUCCCAAUCGCUGAUUCUGAUGUUAUUGAGCAGAACCAUCCAGUUAGUUUUAAAAUUUCACAAAAUUUUCAUAUCAUUACAUAGCUCUUUUUAUUAGCUAUGGAACAUAUUUCUGGCAAAUAUCAUUGAUCUUUGGAAUGAAAGUUCGCUUCGUCGAAGUGUGGAAGAUAAUGAGAUCGCCAAACUUUGGUGGUUUCAGAAUUAUUUCCACAAUCGGGUUGGUUUUUCAUUUCUCUUGAAUGGGGAAAUUGCGCUGGCCUCACGCUGUCCAGCCCCCGUAGACCUGUCCUGAUCAAAAAAAAUAUUUACUGAAUUUAAUUUUAGGAUUGGCUGAUCAAUGGUGAGGUCCCAAGUCUUCUUCUGUUCCGAGAAACGAAUCAAGAUGAUGGUUUCCAAAAUCUUUAA